AUGGCCUACCCGCCCCCUCCAGGUAUCUCAAGCGGGCCUUCCACCGGCAAUCCGCCCUCUCACCCCUCUCUGCCCGCGCGGCCACCCCCGUCCAAGACUUCCGGAGGUUUCAAGCCUGCCUUCAAGCCCGCUUUCGGCGCGGCAGCCUCUCCGGCAGCGCCCAGCUACUCGAGCGCACCGAGCUACGCCAGCGCUCCCGCCGCCAACUAUGGCACCUCCUACCAGUCCUACCCGCAACACUCCUCGCCCGCGGUAGCCGGCGCCGGCCCCUAUCAGGCACCACCCUCCUCUUACAACCAAUACCCACAAGCCGGCGCCGGCUACGGCCAGGCCACGAGCUACAAUGCGCCGCCUUCAACCUACGGCGCCGCGCCGCAGAUCCGGAACCCGUUCCCCGUCCCCGGCAGCGCUACCGACUACGAUCCCGACAUGGCGAUGCAGAUAGCCCAAUGGCAGAGCGCAUAUAGUUCCCGGGACGCGACGAGCAGAGACGCCGUCAGCGGCUCCGGCGGGCGUGGCACCCCCGCGACAGGCAGCUCUGCAGCAACCCCCUCCGCCAUCCCCGACCCCGCAGCAGUCGCCGCGGCAGCGACAGCGGCGAACCAGCCCCUCGAGCGCAAGAAGACCGUCGUCCGAGAGGGCGGCGGCAAGAAGUGGACGGACGACACCCUCGCCGAAUGGGACCCGAGCCACCUGCGCCUCUUCGUCGGCAACCUCGCGGGCGAAGUGACGGACGAGUCCCUCCUCAAGGCGUUUGCGCGGUGGCAAUCCGUGCAGAAGGCGCGCGUCAUCCGUGACAAGCGCACCGCGAAAUCAAAGGGCUACGGCUUCGUCUCCUUCAGCGACGCCGACGACUUCUUCCAGGCCGCCAAGGAGAUGAACGGCAAAUACAUCCAGAGCCACCCCGUCACUGUCCGGAAGGCCAACACGGAGAUCAAGAUCACCAACGUCAAGGACAAGGACCACCACAACAACCGCAAGAACAAGAACAAGAAGCAUUCCGGUAACGGCGGCGGCGGCGGCGGAAACAAGCACGCCGGCGACGGGACCGGAUAUGAGCCCCACCUCGGCCCCGUGCAUAGUCACGGCGUCACCAAGCCCGGACAGAAGACCAAGAACGGUCUCAAACUGCUUGGAUGA